AUGAAGCCCCUGCUCCAGAAUGCUGGCCGAGUGACACCCCUACGAGCAUUUGACAGUAUGCGGCCGUUUACUAUGUUGCUAGCUUUGCCCUUCUCCACUUCUGUAAUGUGUGCUCCCGCAUGUACAGAGUUGGCACAGAGACAGGGCCUUCGGCAACUCAUCAAAGCACUCACGACCGGCACCGAUGCAGACAUUAACGCGAUUCCACUGGCGAGCAACGUCACUGUGAUCAUGCAAACCCAAGGCAUCCGCGUCACCCUCGCAAAAGAUCUCCAAGGGGCCCGAAACGCAGCACGAACGAUACAUCGCAUCGUCACACGCUUCGGUCCAGCACCCAACGACAUCGCUUCAUAUCUCGAUAACGGAGUCGACGAGGCAUUCGUCAACGGCACCCUGACUUUAGGUCUCACGGCUAGCAACGACGUUCGGUUACCGCUUGUCACGGUGCCGGCCGCUCAAAACCUGGUGUACGAUACAACGACUUGCCUGGGCUACUACACCGUUGGGACUCUUGAGCCUGUCGACGGGGUGAUAGAGACUGCACUUGAUGCGUUUCUGAUAGACAACUUCCCGCUCUAUGAGGUCCUAGAUAAUGUUACGGCACCCAUCCUAGACAAGCAAACGCUCGAGAGCAUUGCAAGUGUUCCAGCUCGCGUUCGCCACGCAUCGCUCUAUGGCGUCGACGAUGUCGAAAAGUCACUCGUUCUCCAAUCUCUCAGGACAGCGGCAAGCCUGACCGUGAAGGUCGCCGACAAGAUCUACCCGCCGGAUGUCCAACAAAGUAGUCAGGCAAAGACUUUCAUGCCACUGGUGCCGCCGACUGUUCUUUGCUUUCAACCCGCAUCAGCACAAUCGGUCAAAACCCUGAUAUACUUGACCAAUUUGCCUCACGAGAAUCAAGUUGAUUCGGUUGCGGGAUGCGUGUCAGAUCUCCGUUCUACCGAUAGCAUACUUUUCUUGACCGACUUUAUCAUUGGAGAAGUAACAACUCAUAUGAAGGCGAUGCUUCUCCAAGCCGUGACCGAGCAAGUGAAGCCCAGCCUAGUGAUCGGUAAAAUGAACCAAAUGAUCGAGGCAGGAUAUUCCCAAGAAAAGCUGUACCAGACGGUUCUUAAGCUUGUUGACGACUUUAAUGCCGCAAUCAAGGACGUCGCGGUGGAGGGAUCACCAAUGGCAGAAGUCAGCCUUCCGACUGCCACUGUGGUCUUCGGCUCCACUGAACACGGCUGGGGCUUCACACUUGAACAGGUCGCGGAGAGAGCCGCGCCUUCAUUGGGAAUGUCGAGCACGGAUCUUCUGAACAAACUAUGGGGCGACUGGUACUAUCAGCCCGACAAGAAGCAGUGGUCACAAGAAUGUAAGUCUGGCGACAAGAGCAAAGAGUGUGGUUUCAAUCGCUUCGAGCUAGGUGUUGAACUCACCAAGGAGGAGCAGCAGAGCAGCCGCACAAAGCUCAUCCAAGCCGCGAUGGGCAAGUACUCGCCUCUGUCAUAUGGCGUUCUGAAGCUGCUACUCAGGCUUCCGGAUCCUGUCACAGCUCAACGCAACCGUGUCCAGACCCUGCUAGAGCCUAGUGGAAACAAUGCUACAAGGUCUGCGGCACAAACCCGUGACUAUGGCGAUAAGGCGCCACUAUUGAUCUCCGUCACGAAGUCCGUCAUUCUGGACGGCAACAAGUCUGUCUUGCUAGGCCGUGUAUACUCAGGCCGAGCCGUUGCUGGCGUCAAAGUUCAAAUACGCGGCUGGACGUACGGGCCCGACAGCAAGCAAAUCGCGAUGCAGGUGGCCAUCGGCCAUGUCUACCACGCAUUGGGUCCUUCUGCUUUGGACUGCUCCUCGAUGCCAGCAGGUAAUCUUGUGUACCUUGCCGAUAUGGGUACUUGCCCGCCCCUACAAUCUGGGACUAUCUCGGGGGUUGCAGAUGCGCCAACCUUCAAAUCUAGCGUUCUCACUAGUAUUCCAGUCUUGGACUCCAAGAUCUCGCCCUCUUCAGCGGGAAAGUUAUCCCAGCUAAAGGACGCCAUACAAGCUGUCAAGAAGAGUUAUCCAGAGAUCACGACCGUCGAAUCUAGUCCAUCAAGCGACUUCACAAUCAGUGGUCCUCGAGACAGAUACAUCCGGAACGCCCUACAACACCUUGCCAACAUUGUCGAUCAGCAGUCGCUCACGCUGGGUCGUACCACAGUUCGUUCUCAAGAUAAACGAGAGCCAUUCUACAGCAUCAAAGUGCUCGCCCCUGUGGGGCGGGAAUCUGCUCUCCAAAGCAUCUUUUCCCCUCAAAGAGGCGAGCUUCAAGAAUCCGAACCCAUUGCUGAAGACCUUUUUCUGACAAGGUGGAACACCCCCGUGGCCACAUUCGCAACGGUCCAAGAUGGAAUCAAACGGAGCCAAGGAAUCAUCUUGCGUAUGGAAUUUGAAGAGUGGCAGGGAGAACCGCACUUUUAA